CACACACACACAGCAGGCCUAGACAGGAGGAGGACAGAGUGUAUGUACACAGAACAUCAGAGGGUCAAACGCAAGGUUGCAACACUACCUGCCAACGCUGUUCGCUCUCCCCUUGCUGUACAACCCUGGUCCAAAUGUCACCAUUGAUGAACAGCUGAUGCAAUUUAGGGCCCCCUUUUGGCAGUAUCCAUCCAUUUUCUACCGCUUAUUCCCUUUUUUGGGUCGCGGGGGGCGCUGGCGCCUAUCUCAGCUACAAUCGGGCGGAAGGCGGGGUACGCCCUGGACAAGUCGCCACCUCAUCGCAGGGCCAACACAGAUAGACAGACAACAUUCACACUCACAUUCACACACUAGGGCAGUAAAUACCAUCCAAACCUGCAAAGUAUGGUAUAAAGAUCUGGGCUGCCAGUGAUGUCACUUCCUCAUAUGCUUGGAACUUGCAAGUCUACACAGGGAACCUGAUGGAGGAGCCCCUGAGAAAAAACAAGGAAUGAGAGUAGUCCUCGACAUGUCUCAGUGACUCCGUGGACACAACAACACAUGCGACACUUUUUUACUUUGCACAAACUGGGACAGGAGCUCCUGAAGAGGAAGCUGACCAUGGUGGGAACAAUAAGGAAAAACAGGUCAGAGCUCCCACCUCAACUGCUGACUUCAAAGAACAGGCGUGUCAAGUCUUCCAAGUUUGUAUACACGGCUGACACAUCCCGGGUAUCCUUUGUGCCGAAGAAAGGCCAGAAUGUGGUGCUCAUGUGUACACUGCACGGGGAAGGAAGAAUCUGUGACCAGGAACAUCACAAACCAGAGAUCAUCAUGGAUUAUAACGCCACAAAAGGAGGGGUAGACAACAUGGACAAGCUGGUGACGGCCUACAGCUGCAAACGGAGGACUUUACGCUGGCCACUGGUGAUAAUAUUUGACAUGUUGGACAUCUCAGCGUACAACUCCUUUGUCAUUUGGAUGGCACUGAACCCAGAGUGGAAACGAGUGAAGCUCCAGAAAAGACGGCCCUUCCUUGAGGAUCUGGGAAUGGCAUUGGUGAGACCACAAAUGGAGAGAAGAGAUUAUGUCCCCAGAACCCCAGCCUCUGCAGCCAUGGUGAGGAGGAUUCAGGAGGAGAAUGCUGGUGGCCUGUCUGCAGAGCCUGAACAACAAGAAGAAGUGUGCGGCCCCAAGAUGGAGAGGAAAACAACACGUAUAUCUGCAACACACACACACAGUAAAGCUCUGCCCCUCAAGUGUUGUAUAGGCUAGUGGCUACAGGCCAUGUGUUCAAUGUGUUGUCUUCACUGCUAUGUUUACUCUGUGUUCAUGUUGUUCAGCUUGUGUU